CGGUCCGGUUCGGUUCUGAGCAGCAGGAUGACCGGGUCAGAGGAGAAGUUUCGGGUCAGGAUGUUCUCUCCGGGGUUCGGACUCGAGAAGUCCCGCCUGCACGGCUCCGGGUUCCGGUCCAAAGGCUUUGCGAUCACGGACCUGCUGGGCCUGGACCCGGACCUGCAGGUCCGGCAGCAGCCCGGCGGGGCUCCGGGUUCGGGCUUGGCGCCCGCGGGUUCCGGUUCGGAGCCGCAGGGGCCCGCCGGUGGACUGGGCGCGUUCUCCUUUCAGGGCGGUUCGGUUCCGCUCGGACUGGGCUUCCUGUGCAGCCUGGCGGCCCAGCAGCCCCCCGGAACCCCCUGCUUCCUGCCGGGCCACCUGCCGCUGCUGCAGAACCGAACCGACACUCAGUACCUGCAGAACCUGGAGGUCCAGAGGGAAACAUACUCCGAUGAGGAGUGUCUGUCGGACCGAACCGAGCCCAAAAGUUCGGGCAGCUGUCAGAAGAGGAAGAAGAGGAGGUGCAGGACGGUGUUCACGUCGCAGCAGCUGGAGGAGCUGGAGAAAGCCUUCCACGAGGCUCAUUAUCCAGAUGUUUACGCCCGAGAGCUGCUGGCCCUGAAGACGGAGCUGCCCGAGGACCGCAUCCAGGUCAGAACCGGGCCUCACCAGUCUGUGUCCUUACACUGGUCAAUGGUCAAACUGGUUUUUCAUGUCUUCAGUCAGGACCCAAACACAAGUGUUUCAAAAAGAGAAAAGAUAAAAACUGAUUAUUAGGACGUUUAGAUUUGAUUGUCAUUUUUAAAAGAAUCGGAGAA